AUGUCCUCCCAACAAUCCUGGGCCGCGUGGCUGCUUGAUUCCUAUGCCUCGUCCGUGUCUCCUGUGACAUCCGACUUCCCCGACCGUCACCACGACUCUGCCUCUGCCUCGACCUCGACCUCCGAUUCGCCUUACACCACCGCUACCGCACACAGUCCACAAUCUUCCAUAUCCAGUUCGUCCCCAUACGGGCCCUACGUGCGGACAGGAAGAGGCGGGGCCGGCAAUUUCACCUGGCAAACCGAGCUGAAACCCAAGAAGUCGUCUUCCCCGCUCGACCUCGAGUCCCAGCCGGCACCGCAGACUUCACUGAACGAACGUCGCAAAGCGGCUGCCAAACUAGAACAUAUCAAUACAGAGACGGUGCGCCUGAGACAGAGUUCGGCACAAUAUCUCUCGGUCGGUCGAGGCGGCGCAGGGAACUACGUUUCCCCGGCCGAGAGAAGCCAGGCAAAGAGAAGUCCGAGUCUUCCUUUGAGUGUGAGCUCGGCCAAGGCCGGCAGCCCAACGACCCAGUAUCCGUUUCAUCCUGGAAGAGGCGGUGCUGGAAAUUACGCCGCUGCUGCCGAAUUUAAUGGGCGUGCAAAGACGGAAAGCGACGAAGAAGAGCAACGCAUCGCCCAACAGCGAAGAGAGCAGAUCAUCGAGGAAGUGGAUGGUCUGCUUCAGCCUCCUCCGGGAGCAUGGCUGGGUCCUGAACGCAGAAAGAGCGAAGUCAUGUACGAGGCAGUUUGA